AUGGCAGAGCCCUCUGGGACCGCCUUUGGAGGCAGGAGAGCCGUCCCCCGCAACGCGUCCAAUGCGGCGGAGAACGACCCCCCGACGAUGGAGAUGCAGGGCCUCCUGCCCCGGGGCUUCCACCUGCAAGACUACCUGAAUGUCACGGAUGUUCACCUGUUCAAGGAGAAAUGGGACACCAACAAAGUGGACCACCACACGGACAAGUAUGACAACAGCAAGCUGAUUGUGCGCAGAGGACAGGCCUUCUACAUCCAGAUUGACUUCAACCGUCCAUAUGACCCCACAAGGGACCUCUUCAGGGUGGAGUAUGUCAUUGGCCGCUACCCUCAGGAGAACAAGGGAACCUACAUCCCGGUCCCCAUUGUCUCCGAGCUGCAGAGUGGCAAGUGGGGAGCCAAAGUCAUCAUGAGAGAGGACCGGUCGGUCCGGCUGUCCAUCCAGUCUUCUCCAAACUGCAUUGUGGGAAAAUUCCGCAUGUACGUCGCUGUCUGGACCCCCUAUGGCAUCAUCCGCACCAGCCGGAACCCAGAGACGGACACGUACAUUCUCUUCAAUCCUUGGUGUGAAGAGGAUGCUGUGUACCUGGAAAAUGACAAAGAAAGAGAAGAGUACGUCCUGAAUGACAUUGGGGUCAUUUUUUACGGAGACGUCAAUGACAUCAAGAGUAGAAGCUGGAGCUAUGGUCAGUUUGAGGAUGGCAUCCUCGACGCCUGCCUGUAUAUAAUGGACAGAGCAAAGAUGGACCUCUCCGGCAGAGGGAAUCCCAUCAAAGUCAGCCGCGUUGGGUCUGCCAUGGUCAAUGCCAAAGACGAUGAAGGCAUCAUCGUUGGAUCCUGGGACAAUAUCUAUGCUUAUGGCAUCCCCCCGUCAGCCUGGACGGGGAGCGUGGACAUUCUGCUGGAAUACAAGAGCUCUGAGAACCCAGUCCGCUAUGGGCAGUGCUGGGUUUUUGCUGGUGUCUUCAACACGUUUUUGCGAUGCCUCGGGAUACCGGCAAGGAUCGUUACCAAUUAUUUCUCAGCCCACGAUAACGACGCCAACUUGCAGCUGGACAUCUUCCUGGAGGAAGGCGGGAACGUGGACUCCAAACUCACCAAGGACUCGGUGUGGAACUACCACUGCUGGAAUGAAGCCUGGAUGACGAGGCCCGAUCUUCCCGUCGGAUUCGGAGGCUGGCAAGUCGUGGACAGCACCCCUCAGGAAAACAGCGAUGGGAUGUACCGGUGCGGCCCAGCCUCGGUUCAAGCCAUUAAGCACGGUCACGUUUGCUUCCAGUACGACGCGCCCUUCGUCUUCGCAGAGGUCAACGGUGAUCUCGUUUACAUCACAGCCAAGAAAGACGGCAGUCACGUGGUGGAGACCGUUGAUACCACCCACAUUGGGAAAUUAAUCGUGACCAAACAGAUUGGAGGCGAUGGCAUAAAGGACAUUACUGAUACCUACAAAUUCCAGGAAGGUCAAGAAGAAGAGAGGCUGGCCCUGGAAACUGCCCUGAUGUAUGGGGCAAAAAAGCCCCUCAGCACAGAGGGCGUCGUCAAGUCAAAGUCUGAUGUUCACAUGAACUUUGAAGUGGAGAAUGCUGUGCUGGGAAGAGACUUCAAGGUCAUCGUCACCUUCCGGAACAACAGCCAUGCCCGCUACACCAUCACAGCCUACCUCUCCGGCAGCAUCACCUUCUACACUGGGGUCGCCAAGGAGGAAUUUAAGAACGAGACGUUCAACGUGACAGUGGAGCCCUCGUCUUUCACUAGGGAGGAGGUGCAGAUCAGAGCGGGCGAGUACAUGGGCCAGCUGCUGGAGCAGGCGUUCCUGCACUUCUUCGUCACGGCUCGGGUCAACGAGACCAAGGAUGUUCUGGCCAAGCAGAAAUCCAUCGUGCUGACGAUCCCCAAGGUCAUCAUCAAGGUCCGUGGUGCUCAGAUGGUUGGCUCGGACAUGGUUGUGACCGUUGAGUUCACCAAUCCUUUAAAUGAAACUCUGCGAAACGUGUGGAUACGCCUGGAUGGUCCUGGAGUGACGAAACCAAUGAGGAAGAUGUUCCGGGAAGUCCGGCCCAACGCCACCGUGCAGUGGGAAGAGAUGCUUCGGCCUUGGGUCUCCGGGCCCCGGAAGCUGAUAGCCAGUAUGAGCAGCGACUCCCUGAGACACGUGUACGGCGAGCUGGACUUGCAGAUCCAGAGACGAUCUUCUGUGUAGACACACGGGGGCUGAGAUGGACCCAGGCCCUUGGCCUCUUGUAGUCCUGGCCAAGGGCGUUCUAGUGCAAAAGUAGUCAGCUCUUGCUUUUACUUAGAUGUGAAGACCCAGCCCGGACUGGAUGGGGCCCCAGAGCGGUGCGGCUGUUCAGUGUGGAAGUUAGUUUUUCAUCCCACCACCUUCCCUAGGAGUCCAAGCAUUAGCUUUAAUUAAGCUCUAAUUAAGCACUCACAGCUCAUGAGAGUAAAAUUCAUCAUUUAUCAUCUCAAGUGACUGCAGCUCCGAGUAUCUGAGGACUUCUCCUCGCAAGGGGAUUUGCUCACUAGCUGGCCUCACGUAAAACGGGACUUCUCAUCCCCCCGUCGGCCUGUCUGGGGGAACAUACUCCCCAGAAGGGAGGGAAGCACCUGAUGUGGGCCCUGCGGUUCUAUUCCCUCUCCUUGAAACCAGGUUCUACCCUCUGUCAGAAUAUUUUUCCCGGGAACCGAGUGCAACAUCAUUUUUCUUCUCGGCAAAGCCGGGAAAGGUCUUUCAUCUUGCACCUGCGGCGAAGCGCCUGCCUGCCAAAUUUCACAGAUUUACCUUGGGAGAUGUGGCCCCAUAUUAACAAAUUGCAUUUGCGGGAAACUUAAUCACCUAAAAGGAGAUAAGGAAGCAGGUGCAAUACUCAGAUCUAUUAAAUUAUAUGGUUUUAUGGUGCAUUUUAUAGGCGGUGUCACACUGUGGCCUGAUCAGCAGGAGCGAAUGGCCCUUACUUUAACCCUUUGGGGACUGCAGUGUUAAGACGUAAUGAGGCUGACUUGGGACAGAAAGGAUGAGGAAUUAGUCUUUAAUUAACGAUUAUGCUUCACCUGUCUCUCUGGGCUCAUCUCUUUGGCCCAAUGACACAGGUCUGGGACCAGUUUUAGAGACAGAAUAAACCCAACAAGUUGGAGAAGCUGGCAGAUUUAGUGACCAGACACGUGGAAGGAUGGGCAGCCACUAAUUCUCCUGUCCUUGGCCUCGUCCACCUUGAGACCUCAGUUCGGCACGAGGUGCUAAAAGGUAGUAUGGACUCCAGCUUGCAAACAGCUAGCACCACUGCAUACCUGAUGGCCGAGGACGCCGACACCAUCUGUGUCAGGCAUCAGGGUUCCGACAGACAAGGCUAUCUGGUAGUUAUCUGCAGGGCUGAUUUAUUGUCAAAAUUACCCACUGAUAUGCCCAGAGUGUGAUUCAGGUCAGUAGAUUGUGAUUCUAAGCCUUUGAGACUGUUUCUGAUCCUUCAGCAUCCAGAAUCCAUGAGAGUUAAUGGGUCCCCUCUAAAGGCUCACUGCACCUAACUCUGUUCAGUAAUCUCCCAGCAUUUGCCAAGCCUUCCAGUACUCAAUUUUAAAAGGAAAUGCAUUUUGCUAGACUGUUAGACUGGCUUAACAUAGUAUAUUCUUAUUAACUAGAAUGUAAUCAAAGCUUAAAAUAAAGUUAAUCUGAUUGUAUUUGCA